AUGGAGCCUCCCAAGCGGAAGCGGCCCGAGAAGCCAGACGGACAGACGCCCGCGAGCCUGGAGCCUGGUUUCGAGGAGAGUGGACAGGCGGGGCAAGAACAGCGCGAGCCGCCUACGAAGGUAUCUAAGGGUUCUGCGGCGGGUGGUUCGGAGGGGGCUGCAAAGGAGAAUGUGACACAGGAGGGGAAGCAAUCGUCGAACUGGCCGCACAAGGUUCCUGUUGAUGUGGAGGAGGAGCUUGGAGAUGAGGAGGAUGAGGUUGAUGAGGGAGGUGAAGGUAAAACUGAUGAAGGUGAAGCUUACGGGGAGCCUGGGGAGGACUACAAUGUUGGGGAUGUAGAAGGAGAAGAAGAGGAAGAGGAAGGUGACAACGCCGACGAAGUGGAACUCCUCGACGAGGAACAGGCCGGCAAUAACGAGGCCGACGACAAAGACCUCGAGAACCAACUGGAGCGCGAACUCGGCAGAGACACCGAAGACGACAUGCGCGACGACACCAACGAGGACACGCCUCUCGGCGACGAGCAAGACCAGCCCGACGAAACUACCACCAACGGACCCAAGGUGCAGCGGACGGUCGAGCAGUUCGGACGCACUCCCCUGCACGGCACCUGUGUGGCGGAGAAGCCUUUGACCGCGACGCCGGACACGCUGCUGGCGAUGCUGCUGGACGCGAUGCUCAAGUCGCGGCCCAUCUCGCACGAUCUGUCGCAGCAGGCUGUCAAAAAGGUGCUGGAUGAGGGUUAUCACAAUAUCCAGACGCUGGGAAAUAGUAGCUGGGAGGACCGAACGGGCGUGUUGCGCGAUGGCGGGUAUAACCGGUAUCGGGAGCAGGGGGCUACUAAUUUGGGGGAGGCGGCGCAGUUCAUCAGGGAAAAGUAUAAUGGCGAUCUGAAUAACCUCCUCGAGUCCGCGCAUCAUGACCGGGGUGAAGUGCGAAACCGCGUCAAGGAGUUGAAAGGACUCGGAGAUAUGGGCGUCGACCUCUUCUUCAACAACGUGCAGAGCGUCUGGCCGGAGAUUGCUCCGUUCCUCGAUCAACGGAGUCUGCAGACAGCCGAACAGGUGGGCAUUGGCAGGGAUCUGAACAGCAUCUUUGAAGAACUGGAGGGAGACGCUCUGCAGAUGAGCCGGUUGGCGAAUGGGCUAUCGACCGCUCGUCGGAUUGUGAACAUCGCCGUGGGCGUGAUCAUGGUUCUGGGCGGCAUCGCCCAGUUCUUCCCUCCGUCCAUGGGCUCCAUCAUUGUCGGUGCCUAUGUGAUUGUCUUCGGUCUUCUUGUCGGUGGCCUGGAAUUCCUGCCCACGGUCCCUGACUACGUGUACCGUUACGCUUCGUUCCUCUUCUCCUUCCUCGGCCGGGGCGCUUUCUACAUCUUCGUCGGAUCGAUCAUGCUGCACGGCCACGUCCUGCGCUACAUUGCCGGUUCGCUGGUCGGCUUCGUCGGUGUCGGCUACCUCGCUCUGGAAUUCGUUCCCUCGAUCGAGCCCCCUUCGAACAUGCGCGAGUCCGACCAGGGCUGGGGCGCUGAGCAGGUCUAA